CGCUCAAGUUGCAACAAGUCUGUGGCGUUUUUGGGAAUUCUGGCUGCGUACUUAACACUGGGUUACUAUAAAACACCGACUUUUUAUACUCAUUGCGUGUAAAUCAGUAGAUAUUCCAAUGAACCAGCAACAGAAUUUUGCGGUUAGAACGUUAGUUGUAGGAACCACGGUUGCUGCAGGCUUAACUCUCUCUUGGCUUGCUUACAAAUACUUUUUUUCGAAAAAAUUAGGCAAGAGAGCUGUGGUGAAGUCACUGUUCAUUUAUCCUGUGAAAUCAUGCGCUGGAAUUGCACUGGACCAAAUAGAAAUCACAAAAAUAGGUGUCUUAUUGGACAGAUCAUGGGCGUUGUUCAACUCAAAAGGAAGUGUGCAGACAAUGCGUCAACUACCAAUGAUGGCUUUGAUCAAACCAUCCUUCGAAGGGACAAAAUAUUUAUGUCUAGAUGCCCCUGGUAUGCCCACGCUCAAGCUAGAUGUUGAUCUGAAUGAAAAUGACGUGGAGGCAAAGAUGCUUGAUGUUUUUGGCCUGCAUGGUGAGGGUUUGGACUGUGGUGAUGAGGCAGCUAAAUGGUUUGAUAAAUACUUGGGUAAACCUGGGCAUAGAUUGUUCAAUGGUUGCAGCAAAAGUUUAAAGCGCAGAGAAUUGAGAGAAGACCCUGACUGGGGGGACUUGGUAAAAGAGAAUGAUAAGAUCAUUUAUCAUGAUGAUGCACCAGUUUUGCUGACCUCUGAGAGGUCAUUAGAAGCUGUAAACAAAGAAUUGCCCUAUCCACUUGACAUUAGAACCUUCCGACCCAAUAUCUAUGUUGAAGGUUCCUUUUCCUUUGAAGAAGAUUUGUGGCGAAGUGUACAAAUUGGGGAGGUUCUAUUAAGAUAUUCGCGACAGAGCAGUAGGUGUGUUCUGACAACUGUGGAUAUGGACUCUGGCGUACGGAGAGCUGAUAGUGAACCAUUUAAGACUCUUAAAAGAAUGAGGGUAUCAAGCAAGGAUGAUCCAAGAUAUAGGAAGAAACCUUUGUUUGGAAUUCUUAUGGUUGCUGAUAAGCCAGGUGUUAUUCGUGUUGGAGAUGAUGUCACUUUUUCUUUGGUAACUAAAUUUCCUUUUAAAAAUGCAAACUUCUUCUCCCCCCCACUUCGGACCAGAAAAACCCCCACUCUACCAUCAAAGGGAAUUCCCCCUGUGCCACAAAAAAAUUCCCCCCUCGGCUCCCAUUUAUACUGUAAUUCGUCACGUUCGUUCGUUCCAUUCCAUUCUUUUCACCGCAUAUUAUACAUUUCAAAUCACCAGCGUGGUACAACCGUACAACGAAAUAUAUACCUGGUAAUAUUCAUCAAAACGAGUAUGCACGACGCAAAAUCACUUCUCGUAUUGGGCAGCUCAGUUGUGUUAGGAAUUGGCUUGUUUUGGUUUGCAUACACCAGUUACCGUCGUAAAAAACUUGGCAAGAGAGGUGUAGUCAAAUCUUUGCAUGUUUAUCCCGUGAAGUCUUGUGCUGGAGUAAAACUAAACCAGGUAGAGAUUGAAGAAGUCGGGCCAUUCUUGGACAGGGCAUGGUUGCUGACUAAUGCAAAAGGAAUUUAUCAAAACCUGAUUUCUAUCCCAAAGCUAGCAUUAGUUCAGCCCUCAUUCGAAGAUGGAAAAUAUUUGUGUCUGGACGCACCUGGUAUGGAAACACUUAAGUUGGAUAUACAUAUGGAGGAUGAUAUCAAAAAGAAAAAGUCACUUCAAUUAUAUACACUAGCCGGUGAAGGUUUAGAUUGUGGGGACGAGGCAGCCCAAUGGUUUGAUACUUUUCUUGGAAAAACAGGGCUUAGAUUAUAUAACGGACAAAACAGGAACUUGAAACGAAGAGAAUUAAAAGAUGAUCCUGUUUGGCAGGACGCAGCCAAAGAUGGAGAUAAAAUGAUUUUUUCAAACUUUGCACCUGUGUUAUUGACAUGUGAAGAAUCGCUAACGGCGCUGAACAAGAAUUUGGGUGACAAUGCAGUAGAUAUGAGAUCAUUCCGUCCCAGCAUAGUCGUCCAAGGCUGUGAUGCAUUUGAAGAAGAUAUGUGGCAUACUGUCAAAAUAGGAAAUGUCAUUUUGAGAAAGUUUAGAAAUAGUGCAAGAUGUCCAUUAACAACAGUUGAUCCUGAUGCUGGAUCAAUGAGGAAAAGUGGAGAACCAUUGAAAACACUUAAAAGAACACAUGCUGCAGUUGCUAAUGUGAAAAACAUGGACAAAAGACAAACAAACAAGCCCUUGUUUGGUGUUCUUUGUGUGCCUGAGCGUACUGGAACAAUCACUGUUGGAGAUGAAGUUAUCAUCCUAGCAUAAUUAUUACAAUGAAUUAACUGAAUCUAUCAAUUUUUUUAAUCUAUAUUUAUCUGAAUUCUUUUAAAUCAAGGGUUGGGGGUAAUUUAUGUAACCAUGAAUUCUUAAAAAAUAAAUACCAUUAUACCUUUCUUAAUUCAUAUCAUG